AUUUUUUUCAGCCGUCUUUGACGUCAUAUUCCCCUAGCAUCCUUCUGUAUAUAAAGUGACAUGUUGCGACCAAUUUCCCCAAUUCGCAGUCGAAGCCGAAUCUUUCCAACUACAUUUCCUGUUAAAUAACCUCUUUCACGAAACCAUGUCCUCGACUCAAUUUUUUUACGCCGACGCGGUGCUCUUUGACAUGGAUGGAACCUUGACGGAUUCUAUCCAAGCUGUAGAGGCCGCCUGGGGCAAAGUCGCAAAGGACAUUGGGGAGGACCCCGCCUAUGUCAUCGCCGCUACCCACGGCAAACGCGCUGUGGACAACCUCGCGGCGUUCAAGCCUCAUAUCAAAGAACACGAAAUGGACGACGAGGUUACCAAGUUUGAAGAGUCGAUUCUCUUCUUCGCCGACGCCUACAAUACUCACGGACCUGGUUCUCGUAGUAACUCCUUUUCUAAUUCUCCCAUGGACUCCCCCCUCCGUUCUCCCGCAAGUUCGGGUUUUGGUACUCCCGAUCUGACCCCCGCGAGCUCGGCGCCGAGCUCUCGCGCUUCCUCGAUCAUUUCCUCCCAAUCCCGCCGUCCCUCUUUCGCCAGUCGUCUCCAGAACCUCCUUCGUAUGAGCGCCGUCCCAGAGACUCAGGCGUACCAACCUACCUUCGAGGACUCUGUCAUGGAGGCAAACCACAACGAGAUUGUUGAAGAGGAGGGUAUCGACAAAAAGACGCGUCGGGAUGAGCUUGAGGCUUGGCAGAUCGAAGCAGCGAGCGUUGAUCGCUCCGUCCGCAUUUUGCCAGGAGUGAAGAGAUUAAUGGACUCCAUUCCUGCUGGCAAAUACGCUGUCGCGACUUCCGGAGCCAAGACUUAUGCUCACGGAUGCAUGACUCGCGUCGGGAUUACCCCUCCGCCGGUCACCAUUACUGCCGACGACAAGCGUCUUAAGGCUGGCAAGCCUGCGCCUGAUCCGUUCCUUCUUGCCGCCAAGUGUCUCGGAUACGACGCUUCGAAGUGUGUCGUGUUUGAAGACUCCCCUUCCGGCAUCCGAGCGGGUGUUUCUAGCGGCGCGACUGUGAUCGCAGUUUGUACUUCGCACGAAAGGUCGAAGAUCGAGGACUGCGGCGCUCAUUUUAUUGUCGAAAAUAUGAACUCUGUCAAGUGCGAGGUCGAAGGCGACAAGCUAAAGUUCACUAUCUCUGCCUAAAACAUUCUACUAUUUUUAUUGCCGUCGCUUUAUCUUGUUGUGGAAAUAUGUACUAUCAAUAAUUGUAGAGUGCCUCUAUUUAGACAGUGUUUCACUAGAUAUCUUAGAGUACUUCUCAUCUGUUUCUUGGCGCAAAAUCAUAUAUAUCGUGGACCGAUUAUGACCAAGAAUAAGUGCC